AUGGCACCGCUUCUCUUCGUACAUCAUCGUGUCGCCGCCCCGAGCCCGACAGAUCUAGUGGCAGCGGCUUCUUCCCCAAGAGUCGAUGAAUUCUACAACUCAUCGUACCUGUCUCGGCGCGCGGUCCUGGGAGACGAUUUUCCUGGGAUCGAUCAUUCUCAUGGAGGUCGCCAUCUACACGAGCACACUCUAACCGACACCGACAUGAAAGUCCUUGAGCUCUAUAAUGCCUUUGAACUUCCACCAAUCCCUGUCCGUCAAACAUUGUUCGAAGUAUUCUACGACAGGUGCUGGACUUGGAUGCCGGUUAUUGAUGAUGGAAUUGUCUCCGUCGACGCUUCUUCGAGAGUGACUUCGUUGCUGGUUCUGCAGGCGGUUCUGCUGGCUGCUGCCACAACCAAGCCUAAAAGUGAUACUACCCUUCCUGCUCAUCCACAAUACCGCCGCAUUAAAGCUAUAAUUGACACCGGUGCCGAGCGAAACCCACUCAAUCUGCUUGCAGCAUUAUGCUUGGUGCAAUUCUACGCGCCAGCCGCUCCGAAAGAUAUCUCCACCGACCAUCCAAGAUUUUGGGGCAACUAUGCUCUUGGCCUUGCCCAGCAGAUGGGCCUAAACAUGAAGUCAACUCGGCGCAAUAGUCAAGAGAGGCUCAGAAGAAGAAUUUGGUGGACUUUAUACUCGAGAGACAGUAUCAUGUCAUCUGCACAUGGCCGCCCACGAAUCAUCAACCCCACAGACUGCGGGAUUGAGCCCCCAUCUAUAUACGACUUUCCGGACCCUAGUGAUAUUCGCGCGCAGAUCUUUGUUUCUUAUGUUGCUAUCACGGAAAUCCUAUGUGAUCUCUGCCAGUUGCUGACUCGGCAGAACGAUCCCCCACCAGCAGAAAAGAACAAAGUAGGCCUUCGACUCCUGGAGUUUGUUCGAUCGUUGCCCCUUGUCCUCCGACUUAUCCAAGCAGAUGGAACUGCAAAGCCAUACCAUUUCGACUUGGCUCAGUUACACGUGCACUUACUCACCACCAUCAUUAUCCUCUACCGCCCGCGAUCUAUAUUUCACAUCGAACCAGCUAGCUCACCUGCUAUCGUGGCAUCAAAUCUCAGCUUCCGCAUCUUUGAGGCGAUGGAGCUGCGGGGCCAUACGUGUUCCCUGAGUUCUGGUUUUGCAUGGCAUUUACUUGUCACCGCCAUUCCGCAACUCUCUUGUCUCGGAAUUCCAUCACUGCGGGAAGAAUGCAAGGUUCACCUUGACACUCUUGAAGGCUGUCUUCGGACGCUAGCGUCUACCAGGCCCUCUGCAGCAAACAACUUACGCAAUAUCCAAGAAAUUCGCAGGGUACUCGAAACCAGAGAACCACCUCCCAUGCCGCGGCUCAGCACCAGCACAUCGCUGGAUACUUUGUCCUUCUCUCCUCUUGGACUGUUCGAUCCUUAUGGAGCGGACGUUCCAGAAAACUAUCACCGUAUUACUGCCGCGCUUGAACCCUCUGCAAGCAACAUUUUGCGGAGUGGUCGCAUAGCCGAAAGUGUACAUUCUUCAGACCAAAACAUGCCACAUAUGGUUUAUGAUCAAGCACAAUCAUUUACACCAACACCAAGCAACCUUGGUCCCGCAAACAUAAUGGACGACGUUCCGGACUUUGAACUGCUUGGUAGCAGUUUCCCCGAAGACGGCUGGAUGCGGAAUUGGGUCAAUGAAUUGCAAUUCUUUAACGAAUGA